AUGCUUCCUUCGCUUGGUCGCGGCGGCUGCUGAACAGUGAAGUGGCGUGGACCUCAUGUAGAAAUGACAACAAUGGAAGGGGCCAGCGGGUCGAGUUUUGGAAUAGACACGAUUUUGUCCAGUGCCAGUUCGGGCAGCCCUGGCAUGAUGAAUGGAGAUUUCCGCCCUCUGGGUGAGGCCAGGACCGCGGAUUUUAGGAGUCAGGCCACCCCAUCCCCUUGUUCGGAGAUUGAUACCGUAGGAACGGCGCCUUCUUCUCCUAUCUCGGUCACCAUGGAGCCCCCGGAGCCGCAUCUGAUAGCAGACGGGCCCCAGCAUCACCAGCACCUCCACCACAGCCAACAGCCGCCGCCGCCGCCAGCCGCAGCCCCGACGCAAAGUUUGCAGCCUUCGCCCCAACAGCAGCCGCCGCCACCGCAGCAGCAGCCUCCCGCCCAGCAGCUGGGGUCGGCCGCCUCGGCCCCCAGGACUUCCACCUCUUCUUUUUUAAUUAAGGACAUCUUGGGCGACAGCAAACCUCUGGCGGCGUGUGCACCCUAUAGCACUAGCGUCUCCUCUCCCCACCACACCCCGAAGCAGGAGAGCAACGCAGCGCACGAAAGCUUCAGGCCAAAGCUGGAGCAGGAGGACAGCAAAACCAAACUCGACAAGCGGGAAGAUUCCCAGAGCGACAUCAAAUGCCACGGAACAAAGGAGGAAGGAGACCGGGAGAUUACAAGUAGCCGAGAGAGUCCUCCUGUGAGAGCCAAGAAGCCUCGCAAAGCCAGGACAGCUUUCUCUGACCACCAGCUCAAUCAACUGGAGCGGAGCUUUGAGCGGCAGAAGUACCUGAGUGUGCAGGAUCGCAUGGACCUGGCAGCUGCACUCAAUCUCACUGACACCCAAGUUAAGACCUGGUACCAGAACCGCAGGACCAAGUGGAAGCGGCAGACUGCGGUGGGCCUGGAGCUGCUGGCCGAGGCGGGGAACUAUUCGGCGCUGCAGAGGAUGUUUCCGUCGCCUUAUUUCUAUCACCCAAGCCUGCUGGGCAGCAUGGACAGCACCACGGCGGCGGCGGCUGCCGCUGCCAUGUACAGCAGCAUGUACCGGACUCCUCCAGCACCCCAUCCCCAACUGCAGCGGCCCCUGGUGCCCCGCGUGCUUAUCCAUGGCCUGGGGCCUGGAGGACAGCCAGCCCUCAAUCCCUUGUCCAACCCCAUCCCAGGCACCCCGCAUCCCCGGUGAAGAACGCCAAGGUGCUGCAAUCCCUCCCCCGUCCCCGCCCCGAUCCGACAGCUGUCCCUCCUCUCCCUGCGCCAGGCCACCGGGCAGGCCUCCCUUGCAGCUGACCCUGGGAGGCAGAGGAGGAAGAGAGGAAGUCGCUCACCAACGGGAGGCCCCCCUACCCUCCCAAAGAGGAGCCAGUCCUCUGCUGUCCAUCUCCCCAUCCCCAGAGACAGGGCUGGAAAUUUCCCCUACAGCAGUGUAACUGGCAAAAACGCUGACCCCACACAAAGUGCGACCAGUAGGUGAAAACA